UUGUUUUGUCUUAGUUUCUCCAACAUUCUGCAUUGUUGCAUAACCCAAACCAUCACUUGGAAUUCUCCUGCUUCUGGUCUUAUAUUGUACUUUGAGAAAAUGAAAUGAGCAUUUGAAGAGCAAGUCUUUAGGAACUGUUCGAGUUAUUGUUGUUUUCUACAUGAGUGAAAAAUGCUAAGCCCCCCCACACCCACACAAGAUACUACUUAAGUUAGGUGUGUUUGAUUCUUAGGCCCAGGAUCUUGCUGCUCCCUCAAAAGAAAAGGGCAAGAACUGGUCCACAAUUAACAAAGACUUCUUCUCAUUCCAAUUCCAGAGUGUCCUUCUCAUUCUUUCACUUAAUAGAGUUUUUGCAAGCAAAAGCCAGUGCUCUUCUAUCUGUUUCCCAUUCUGUUUGCCAGGCCUAUGAAUCUCAAAAUGGUUCAAAGUAGCUAUUUUUCUUAUCUAUCUUCCUCCACCGUUGGGUCUGCAAGGUUGGGAAAGAGUUUGGACCAGCCAAAAAAAGAGUGGUAAAAGAUAAGAAUUAGCACAAAGAUAGAGAGAGUGCAAGUGAGAAAGAAUGGAUCUUUCUGGCCAUGAAGGAGAAAUCCCAAUCCCAAUAACCAGCGCAUAUAUUGGAAGCCAUGGUCAGAGCCAUGGCCACACCAUCAUCCAUGAUACCCCUCCCCUCCUACACCACCCUUCCAAUGGACCUCCCCCUCCCCCUCCCCUGCCCACAGCUGCAUCAGAGGACCACCAGCACCACCCUGCCAACCCCUACAGCUCUAAGAAAGGAGUGGUGGUGAAGUACAGGGAGUGCCUCAAGAACCAUGCAGCCUCCAUUGGUGGCAAUGCCACUGAUGGCUGUGGUGAGUUCAUGCCAAGCGGUGAGGAGGGCACACUGGAGGCCUUGAAGUGUUCUGCCUGCAACUGCCACAGGAACUUCCACAGGAAAGAGGUAGAUGGGGAGGCCUCCUCCUGUGACUGCUUCCACUACCUCAAGGAAAGGAAGGUGCUGGGCCAGAAGGGGCUCUUGAUCUCAGGGCCAGAGGCAUUUGGCUAUGCUGCUGCUACCAAUAGUCUCAUUUCAAGGCCAUCACCACACCACAUGAUCAUGCCCCUGGGAGCCCUGCAGACCUCUGAGUCUGAUGAGAUGGAAGGGGUGGGUGGUGGGGCCAUGGUGAGGCCUCCCAUGGUGAAGAAGAGGUUCAGGACCAAGUUCACGCCAGAGCAGAAGGAGAAGAUGCUGAGCUUUGCUGAGAAGGUGGGGUGGAGGCUCCAGAAACAGGAGGAGAGUGUGGUGCAGCAGUUGUGCCAGGAGAUUGGGGUGAAGAGGAGAGUCCUCAAGGUGUGGAUGCACAACAACAAGCAUAACUUGGCUAAGAAGAGCCCCCCUCUCCAGCUUGAAUGACUACUGAUUCGACUCCCUCUCUUUCUUCCUCUCACUCCUAGUUUGAUGGUUUCCCAUGGCCAGUGCUGAUUUUAGGGGUGGAUUUAGAUAGCAGCAUGCUUUGACUGUCUUUUCUUUGUUACUAUUUGGAUUUUUAUCUCUCUUGUUAGUUCUCAAUUGUUAAGGUGAUGUAGCUUAGUUUGGCAGACAUGAACCAUAUGCUCUCUUUCUUUUCUUCUUCUAAUGGCUAUAAAACUUGGACUUUGAUCA